AUGAGUUCUGGUACGGGAAGUACUAGCAACGCCAAACCCGGCCCGUCUUCCAAACAGGGUCAGGGCACUUUCUCCGCAGUGAACAGCCACGCCAUUCUUCUUGAUAAGCUUAACCGUCGAUCAACGCCCGACUCUGAAGCUUUAGCCAGCUCAGACGACGAGGCUGAUUCUCAUCGCCAAGAGCCACCUCAGCAGACGCAACCUCAGAAGCCUGUCAGAAGAGCUUCUUGGCUCAACGAUACUACUCAACCGCUGCCUCGACCCCGAAAAGGUUCAUUCGCGAGCAGCUCCAUGUCUCCUACGGCUUCUCACCCAAGCACCCCUUCCGCGGAAGGAAACGCGCCUUGGAGCACUCACACCCAGUCAUCCGGCGUCAUGGGUCGCGCUCCUGUUCCGGGAGCCUCCUUCACCUGGGGCACCGGUAUCUGGAACAACGAGAGAAAGGAUCCUCCCUCGCGUCUGAGUGAGGUUUUGCCCUCGCCCACAUCGACUAUGCCACCUGGAUCAGCUGGAGGCUCCUUUUUCAACCCCGAUAGCUAUGGACAGACAUCUCCUGCACCGCGAGACUCUGGCCCCAAUGCUCAAAUCCCCUUCGCGAUCCCCCUUCACCCUACGCCUAAGACGUACCGUUCUCAGUCGUACUCAGUUGGUCAAUUGGAACCCGACGCGCCUCCGGCCGCUAUGAGCAGCUCCACGAUUCUUGGUCGCGGACGUGCCCAUGGACACUCUGGCCUGCAGCACCGGCCUUCCCGGCCCAGCAUGCUGAGUGAGAUGUCGAACGAGGGAGGCCUGCUUGGAAAGGUCAAGGAGGUGGAUGACGACGACGAUGAGAGUGCGACAGAAUCAAUGCAGAGUUCAAUGCAUCAGUCUGCUGAGGCGAAGACCAUCGAGCUGCUUGCUCGCGAGAAUGCGAUGCUGCGUCAACAACAACAAGCGCAGCAGCAGCAACAACAGCAGCAACAGCAGCAGCAGCAGCAGCAGCAGUAUCAGAACCGACUCCGUCCUAGAGCUUCCACCGGAGCUGCGUACGGUCUUGGUAAUGGUUACACCUUGCGCGAGGCCGUUCCCGAGGAAUCUGACUUUGCCAUCGACGAACUUGAUGAGGCCAAUGACGGCAGUGAGAUGGCGGCGAAAAGAGCUCUGGGUCGUAGAAUGAGCGAGUUCGGGGCGUCAGGGUUCCGCUCGCCGUACGAGAACAGAAAGUUGGAGAACGUUAAGAAGGCAUUCUGGCACAGCUCUCUCGGUUUUGGCGGUCCUGAAGGCCAGCAGAGCCGCAGGCACUCAUUUGCGGAUAUUCCUACCCGCCAAGGUUCCAUCAGCUCCAUCAACGAGUCUUUCAACGCGCUCGACACCCCCAUUGCUGAGCAGCCGCAACCCCAGGACUAUUCCUUGGCCUAUUCGGAAAACCAGAACUACCCCCUCGGCAACACAGAUAAAGCUGCUUACUUUACUCCCGGUGGAGGUCUUGCUGCUCCCCCCCAGAGCAUGCAGUUCAACAACACUUUCCCAUCGGCCUACUCGAUGCACCCUCCUUAUGGAAACCGUGCACCUUCGCCCCAUCGCAAUGUGUAUGCCAUGUCGCAGCCGCGCCACAACCAGCUGCUUCACAUUGUCUUGUUCAAGUGCGCUAGAGCGGAUGUCUUCUACAUCCAGGAGGGUACCGGCUUGACCGUGAAGCCCGGUGAUCUCGUCAUCGUCGAAGCUGAUCGAGGAACUGACUUGGGCACUGUCGCCCGCGACAAUGUCGACUGGCAAACUGCCAAGGAGCUCAAGGAGCAUUACGCAGAGGAGCAGUACAAGUGGCUGAUGAUGUAUUCUCAGAAUGCCGCUGCUGCCCAGGAUGGUACAGGAGCUGGCCUUAUGGCGGCCGCAAAUGGUCUCCAGGGCAGCGCUGUUGGCGGAAUGGGCCCGCCUAAUCAGCAUGGUCAUAUGCAGGAACCCAAUGCUGGAGAGCUUAAGCCUAAGCUCAUCAAGCGCCUGGCACAGAGUCACGAGAUCCACGCCUUGCGGGACAAGGAGGGCAACGAGGCCAAGGCCAAGCGAGUCUGCAUGCAAAAGGUCAAGGAGCAUGGACUGAACAUGGAGAUUCUCGAUGCCGAGUUCCAAAUGGAUUGGAAGAAGCUGACAUUCUACUACUUCGCUGAUUCGUACAUCAACUUCAAUUCGCUCGUUACGGAUCUGUUCAAGAUCUACAAGACCAGAAUCUGGAUGUCGGCCAUCAACCCGGCAUCCUUCGCCAGUCCCACCUUGGGUAUUCAGGCGCCUAGCGGCGUCGGACCCGGAGCGGUUGGCGUGGGUCGCGGUGGAUCGAACAAUUCCGAGCGACGCUCCGCGCAGCAGCAACAGCAGCAGAACCAGGAACAGCACUCGGGAGGAUUCGGUGGUUCAGGUCCACCUGGCCGUGGAUUCCAGAACUCAUUCACCCCGCCGUUUGGUGAAAGGCCUGGAGGUCCGGCCGGUGGCUACGGUCAACCGAAUUAUCCCUAUUCGCACAUGGGCGGCAUGGGCACUGCGCCCAGGCCUGGAAACAUGCCCUACGUCCCUGGUGUUGUUCCGUCGCUCGAUAGCUACAGCUUCCCUGGCGCAGCUGACUAUCAGAUACGAUCCCGCUUCCAGCCGGGAACAGACGGACCUGGCCCGCAUGAGUCAGGUGUGGGCCCGAUGAACACUCAGAGUGAAUGGGCUACCGCAUUUCAGGGCCUUUCCUUGAACAGUCGCUGA